AUGUCACCAUUGCCAUUUCUGCUACUGCUUAGCCUUUGCUGGAUUCGUCCGCAAGCCUUUGAAACAACCGUUUGCGAUUGCUCAGAGCCAUUAAGAAUGGGAAUUCUUCAAUUCUCUGACGCAAAUUGUCGGCCAAAAGAAAUUGACAAAAAUAAUGUUCAAGUGAAAUACGGUGUUUACAGUGAAGAACGGGCAGCAGCUCAUUUUCCGGGAUAUAUUUGCGCAAAAUGGAAAAACAUUAAACACAUUACUGUGAGUUUUUUCGGCCAGGUAGUGAUUGUGCCGGACAAAAUUUCCAUCGAUACGACACCUUCAGAGUGCAACGACAUGAUUACCCAUAAAAAGUGCAACGGAAAUGAGAUGAAAGCUUCGGAUAAUAAAUAUGUAUUCGAUCACGAUCCAACACCUUUGAAAUAUUGGAUGAGUACAGUAACAGCACAAAUUACUAACUGCGUCCUUGAAAAAGUGCAACUUUAUCAACAAAGUGAAGACACUAAUUUCCAGACACCUAUUGGCACAGCAUCCGCGACGGCAGGUAACUUGUCACAUAAUCAUUUAACAUUGGUAUGGGACACUACCUACACGCAUCACACGGCACCAAUCAAUCGACUUGUUGAAUCUGGUGUCGGUACGCUAACAAGACAGUUUGAAGGCGAAAAGUCAUUCCGUCUACAGGAUGACGACAAUCAACUAGAUUUUCACUUAACUCUUCGACCUCCUUGUCUCCCACUUCAAAACAAUUGUACGAACCAGUACGGUACGAACCGUACAUCAGCCUACGAUGUCGUGGGUCAACCAAAAUUGUACAUUUUGACAGGAGAGAUAAAGGAAAAUUCUUCUUCAGCAUCAACAACGACACCACCGCCACCUAACGCUGAAAUUUUCAGUAUACCAGCUAAUAUACAAUAUAUUCGCGAUCAACUCACCGAUCACGAAAAUGAAUUAGCGAGACUAAUUCAAAUAUUACAAUGUGAUUCCCGAAAGGCGAAACACGAACGAGCUAUCGCAGCCGCUCAAUAUAAUGGAUGGUUAGCGGCUUCCCAAUUAAAUUUACCCCAGUGCACGAAACUCCAAGCUUUGGGUAGAACGGCAGUUGUCAUUCAAUGCAAAGAACUAAAUGUCACAUUUGACACCGUAGUGACCUCUUGCGGUCCACAACCAAAAUUCCAAAAUUUUACAAUAAACCUUGAUGGAUGGGAACUUGUAAAAUUUUCACCCUGUUAUUGGACCAAUGGAUUUGUCAACUUUAAUGGCAAGCCGUACGCAUUCCGUAAUAACACCUGGAACCCAAUCGAGGCAAAUAUUAUUUUACCGGAGCAGUCACUCGCCCACUCCUUUCGUUACGAAGAUGUCAAAUUUUCUGAUUACGAACAUCGAAGCAACCCAGCAUACAGUGAUACCAUGCUUAACCACAUGAAUAUCAUGGCCGAUAUUGCGGCAGCAAUGAACGAACACUCACAAGAUAUAUCUUCGGUACACGAAACAUUGAGUACCUCCAAUGUUUUGAUAACAGCAUCCAAUGUCGGGACCUACACCAGCUGGUGGGUAAAACUGAAGGAUUAUUUUUACAUCGGUUUACUCUGUGUCUCCGGUGUGGUCCUCAUGCGUAUCUGCUAUUGCUUGGGAUUUUUCGAAAUGAUUCGGAGUUUAUGCUGUACCAAAUUGAAAACUCCGACCAGAACAACUUCCGGAUCAAUUGAAAUGAAUAACAUGUGAUUACGGGACGUAAUCUCACGCCGCCGGGAGUGAUGUAACGAAGCCAUCAAAAUAUAUAUACCUUUGCAAGAUACCCACAAUAUGAUCUAUUUGCUUAUGCUUAUUUUAUAUUCACAUUAUAUUCUUAUUCACUAUUACAAACGUAUUUGCUAGUUGCUUCAUGUGCAACCAUGUUGACCUAGAUAAAACUUCCGGGUUCUGA